GUCUGCCUUCCUCGCUCGAUUUUGCUUCUUGACCUCGUGGCUUUGGCGAUUUUUGGCGUUUAAUUUACUCAUUUUUCAACGCUUUUCAAGGUGGUGGAAGUCGUACUUGCCAUGAGUUCGCAAAAGGACAUUUUUCCAUGUAAUGCCCACAAGGAGGAGGUGGGAGUCGAGCAUGUAGGUGUCAUAAGCGGGCCAUGUAGCAAGGGAUUUUCCACAAGGAUCAUUGGUGGCAGCAAGUGUAACAAGUGUCAUGAAGUUGGCCAGACCUCGAAAGGCUGCACGAAUCUAUUCGUGAAUUGACGAAAAACGGAAAGCCGCGUGAACAAUACAUUCCGGAAGCUGUGACAUGCGAUGAAAAGGAACUGUUUAAGUGGGAUCGUCUGUGGGGAACGCUAUAACAAUUUUGAUAAAGUCGUUCUCCAUCGAAUCCAGGUUACAGGAACAGAUGUACCUCAAUACAUAACAUCACUCGAAGAAGCCGGCCUGCGCCCACUACUACUUCAAAACAUUAAGAAUUCUGGCUACAUCAAACCAACACCUGUACAGAAAGCUUCAGUUGCAGUUAUUCUUGCCAAAAAAGAUUUGAUUGCUUGUGCUGUCACGGGCUCCGGCAAAACGGCGGCGUACUUAGUACCGGUUAUGAACAUAUUGUUAGAACAAGGUGUUGCUGGUGCGUCCCCGCCAUGGUUCAAAAGCCAGAAGUUGUAAUUGUCGCACUCACUCGUGAAUUUUCGAUUCGAAUUCACCGCGGGUCGUGUAAAUUCUCCUACAAUUCGGUUUUAAAAUCUGUCAUUAUAUAUGAAGGAACUGUCACGAGCCAUCAGCGGUCAAAUCUUCAAGCUGGGUGAAAUACUCUUGUCGCGACCGCGGGGCGACUCGAGGAUUUUCUCGACCUUGGAGUAUUUUACUUCUCGACGGCCAGGUUUUUAAUUUUGGACGAAGCUGAUCGAAUGCUUUAUGGGUUUCGGUCCCGAUAUUGAAAAAAUUGUCAACCAUCCAACGAUGCCUCCGAAAGGAAUCCGUCGUGUUUGUAUGUUUACGGUUUCACUGGCGCCCAAGUCGGAAAAUUGCCUUGUCUGGAAAUUUGGCAAAGUGUGACGGCUUUUGGCAGAACUAUGAUUGAGAAAACAAGAGAGGAUGUGGAGUCUAAAUUUUGCGUCGAGAAUGGCUAUGCCCAUGACGCCAAAGUAAUAUCCCUGGAUUAUGAAUAAUUAUCAUCGAGAAGCUGCCGCAUUUGUGUCGGCAAAAUUUGUCAAACCCAUUAAUUUGGAAUUGGGAAAAGUCGAUUACCCCUAUUUAUUGAUCAACAAAAAGAGGUAUGCAGGAUUGUAUUGGACCAAACCUGAAAAGUUUGACAAAAUGGAUUGUAAAGAUAUAGAAACCGUUCGUCGUGAUAAUUGCCAACUCGUUGCCAAUCUUAUCAAUAGCUGUCUGCAGAAAAUUUUGAUGGAGCGAGACCCGGAUGCAGCCUUAGAAUACGCCAAACAAACAAUUUCCGACUUGCUGUGCAACAAAGUCGAUAUCUCACUUCUAGUGAUUACCAAGGAUCUGACUAAAACAGAUAAAGACUACGCCAGCAAACAAGCACAUGUGGAACUAGCUCACAAGAUGCGUAAGCGAGAUGCUGGUACAACCCCAAAAUUAGGGGAUCGAGUUCCGUAUAUCAUUAUCGCAGCUGCUAAAAACGAACCUCAAGGCGGAAGACCCGAUUUUUGUCCUGGAACACAGCGUACCUAUUGAUGCCCAAUAUAAUUGGAAAAUCAGCUUUCAAAACCCUUUGUUUGGAUUUUUGAACCCAUACUUGGAUCUAAAGCGGAAUCGUUGUUGCUACGUAAACACGGACUCAUCGCAUUUAUUUGCUUGACAUGAUGGAACCGUUUGUUUCCUCUAAACUUGUGAUAAUUCUGCAGCGGGUCAUGCAGAUACUGUGAUCAGCAGACAAGGUUGGAAGUGCGCUGCCCGGAAAGCAAAUUUGGGGUAAAAGAAAAAAAAACUUAUUCCAACU